CUAAACUAGACACGGCCCUCUUUGCUUCACGGCUCUUCUGAGACGCCGCUGGCGGUGGUGGCCUGGCUGGCCAUGCUCUGCGAGUGGGGGAUGCCCUUGAGCACGUCCGGCUGGCUGUCGAGCAUGAAGACCCUCGAGUCGCCCGACGGCAGGGAGGGCUUCGAGUAGAUGAUCUUGGCAGUCAGCAGCAGGAGCGCACACAGCAACGCACUCGCGUUGGCGAUAAUCACCUGAAACGCGCACACACGAGACAAGAAGACACGUGAGACACUGUCUGCAUGUGUGGGUGGGGUGGGGUGGGGUGGGUGUGCGCACCGGCCAUUCGUGUAUGAGUAUGCCGUAGGUGAUGAAGGAGCAGGAGGCCAGGACUUCGAGCACGAUCAUCAGCAGCGAUAUACCGUCGGCCUUACGCGAACGGUACGUCAGCCACUGCAGUCAGCAGACAGCAACACAGACGCAGCUGCGGUGGGUGUGUUUCUUGUCUCUCCAGCGCCAGGGUGCAUGUGUGCCUCACCACUUGCGGCAGGAAGACGAGGAAGAGCAGGAUGCUGCCCACAUACCCGAACGCCUCACUGCACACACAACAAACCACCCACACGCAGAGCAUACCAAUCAGAUGCAGCUGCUCUGAUCCUUCCUCCUUAUACAGGCCUGCCUCUCCUCCCGCGUGUCCCUGCUCACCUGACGGGAGUGUCCACGGCCAUGCUGCUGUGUGAGAGGAAGUGACGCUGGCAAGCAGGUGUUCAAAA